UUGCUCGCAAACUUCACGCCGGCAACCAUCGGGAGAGGCGAGCUCUACAUGUGACCGCUUGCUCGUGGUGCUCAAUUAUCUUUUUUUUGUCAUCUAUUUCGCUUAAACGCGCUACACUCAUUGAGUGAAGGCUCAAGACGCUUCUCAUUUUUUCUUUUCGACCACGCGUUCUGCAAUCGUAUAAACGCGCGAUCAUCGUCGAGCAGACAACAUGCGUAUCCUGUUGGUAGCGGCCCUUUUCGGGCUCGUUCACGGCCAAUACUUCCAGGAACCGAAAAAGAUCGUGAGCUACUCACAUGAUCUCGGUGACACCCGCGGUCAUUAUUCAUUCUCUUACGAGACUGAGGGCGGCAUACUUCAACGAGAGAGUGGCAGCCGCAAGUAUGCCGGCACUUCCGACGAGACGCAACUCAUUCAGGGCUCCGUGCAGUACAACGCGCCGGACGGUACCCCCAUCGCCAUGAGCUGGACCGCCGAUGAGUUCGGCACCCAGGUAUCCGGCAGCCACAUCCCCACCCCGCCACCGAUCCCGCCGGCGAUUCAGCGUGCCCUUGAGUGGAUCGCCAAGCAGCCCACGACCCCGGAACCGAUCGAGAAGAACAAUCCGACGCAGAACGCGGUCCCCCGCAGCGACAAUCGCCAAUUUCGAUUAUCCUCGAAUAAACGAAACUGAAUGCGUGUGCUCGCACAAAGUACCGUUAAGUUCAUCCAAAAUUGCCUGUCCUUCCUGUUGCUUCACAUAGAUAAUACGCUUCCAAUAAAAAUUUAUACUUUUAUAGAAA